AUUACGUUACAGUCCUGCAGGAAAAUGGCGACUGUCAUUCAUAAUCCAUUAAAAUCGCUCGGCGAUCAGUUCUACCAGGAGGCCAUCGAACACUGUCGGAACUACAAUGCUCGACUGUGCGCUGAGCGCAGCGUCCGGAUGCCCUUCCUCGACUCUCAGACCGGCGUGGCUCAGAACAACUGCUACAUCUGGAUGGAGAAGCGCCAGCGGCAGCCAGGCCAAGCAGCAGGACAGAUGUACACCUACCCCGCUCGCUGCUGGAGAAAGAAGAGGCGGCUCCACCCUCCUCUGGAUCCUCAGCUCCGCCUGUGCGAGCUGCGACUAGAAGCAGAACUGGCCCCCAAGCGUGAGGGUCUGCCGGGGGAGGCCACGGCGCUGGAGGCCCUGCUGAGAGCCGACAACCUGCUGGAGAAGAAGAACAACAUCAGCAAGGACGAGGAGACCCUGCUGGAGAUACAGAGAGUCCUGGAAGCUGAGGAAAACGGAGACGGUUUCCAGGACGACGAGGACUUUGAACUCGAUACUCCAAAGAGGAAGAACAGAAACAGAGGCAAAAGCAGAGGAUCGAGCCGCAGGAGGACAGAACCCGUGAACGUGGACGACCAGGACAAACCCUACGUCUGUGACAAUAGAUACAAACAAAAGUAUAACUCAAAAAAGGCUGAAGAAGUCUGUGGAAAGCGCUACAAGAACCGGCCCGGCCUGAGCUACCACUACACCCACACCCACCUGGCCGAGGAGGAGGGCGAGGAGGAGAAGGAGGCCGACACCACUCCGUCUUCCCCGCAGAGUACCGACAACCACAAACCUCAGAAGGGCCCCGACGGCUCCAUCAUCCCCAACGACUACUGUGACUUCUGCCUCGGGGACCAGGACUCCAACAGGAAGACGGGCCAGGCCGAGGAGCUGGUGUCCUGCUCCGACUGUGGACGUUCUGGCCACCCCACGUGUCUGCAGUUCACCGAGAACAUGAUGCAGGCGGUGACGACGUACCAGUGGCAGUGCAUCGAGUGCAAGUCCUGCAGCCUGUGUGGAACCUCAGAGAACGAUGACCAGCUGCUGUUCUGCGACGACUGCGACAGAGGAUACCACAUGUACUGCCUGAAGCCUCCGAUGACCCAGCCUCCUGAAGGGAGCUGGAGCUGCCACUUGUGUCUGGACCUGUUGAAGGACAAAGCCUCGGCCUUCGGAGAAGCAUAACGGCGGCGCGGAAAACACACCGAGCACAUGUCAAACUGUCCCACCUAACCCACACCUCAGCAGAAACUCUCAGAUACAGUCGACCUCCACGAACACACGGUGCAUUAGCAGGCGCAGAGAUCCUCUACCUCUCGUACAUCCAAGCAACAGAUGCCAUCAGCUC